AUGGAAAUACUACCACAAAUUGCAAAUACGGUCCUUCCAACACAACAACAGACACUGAGUCGAAGCAGUCUGGCAGUCGAAUUCUGGCACAAUAUGGACGGACGUCAGAAUUUUGCCAACCUCAGUAUAGGUUGUGAAGGACGUCUACUACAAACGGCAUUAUUGAAGUGCCCAGCAGAUGUAAAGAAAAUUAUUGUGGAUUGUGUUGGAUCAAGUGAAAAGACUGCGAUGUUGUUGCCCAGAGCUCUGGUGACAAAUCGACCCGAGGAGUUACAUGAAAUUAUGUCUGGAGACUUCACUAUUGUGCCUUGCUUUGUUACAGCCCUCGCUGCGUCUGUUACGAGUGGAUUUCGAGCACCGGAGGUUAUCGCCUUACUGCGGGAUAUGAGAGAAGCUACAGGAUUGCCCCCAAAUUUCACCAAUAUCACAACCGUGGAGACCAUUUCGUGGCGUGAAGUGGCGGAUUUAAUGGUUCGAGUCCGCGCGGAGCGACAGAAUGGUGAUGUGUGGCAACUCAAGUGCCUUCUCGAUAACCUCGGAAGGAGCUUUGACGACGUCAAGCAACAAGCGGCAUCAUGUGCUACGGUCUCUCUAAUCACUCAAAUUCUGAUUAACCUCCGAAAGACGCACCUUGCGACGACUUCCGAGGAUUCUGAGGUAAUCGAGGCCUUUAAAACCGCGGUAAAUGAACGUUUGGAUGUAUUCUACCCACGCAAACCGAACUCACUAUCUGAUCUCUUACUGAUUGCUGGUUUGACCGACCCACGAGUGCGAACACGAGUUCACGAAUUUGCACCACAAUCUGUUAAUCUUUUGAAGGAAAAAGUCGAGGAGUUGAGUCGAUUAAGGGAUAAGGAUGAGGUGUUUGUGCACACAGCACAUUGUGAAGUAGAUCGAUAUUUGCGUGAGGAGGUAAAAAGUGGUGUACAGACAGAUCCUUUUCAAUGGUGGAGCGAAAGACAGACGACGUACCCUCUGUUGAGUCGCUUAGCUCGGCAUUACCUCGCAAUACCCUUGGCGUCUUUCAACACACAACUUCGGUUGAAACCGCUACCUAGAAGUACGCAAAGGGUGGUAUCGAGUGCACUACCAGAUGGACUGAAUCUACCGAAUUAUUGUGACAUCUUUGCUCAAUUGAAAAUGAAUCUCUUCGCUGAAGAUAUGCUCAUUUACACUUUCCUCUGGCACAACUGGAGCCUUCCAUCUAGUCAGGCAACAGUGAUGAGAGCUGGAACACCUUUAGUAAUACAAAGGGCAAAUGAAAAAGCAAUGUGCAUUUUCCUCUAA